UUUUGUGGGCGGGUUUUAUUUCGUCCACAAGACGUUUGGCUAAGCUACAUAGCUAGCUAGCUACGUGUGCUGUAUUGUAUAAACAUCCUAAAUAACUUUCGGUCCUUCAGAACUACAGGAGGAGAAACAUGCCUAUUUUUAACGGAAAGCAAGACGUUGUGUUUGAGGAAGAUGAUUUGCCGUAUGAGGAAGAAAUCAUCAGGAACCCGUACUCGGUGAAGUGCUGGAUGCGCUACAUCGAGCACAAACAGAACGCACCCAAGUCAGUGCUGAAUAUGAUUUACGAACGAGCGCUUAAAGAGCUACCGGGCAGUUAUAAAUUGUGGUACAAUUACCUGAGAGAGAGAAGGAAGCAGAUCAAAGGAAAAUGCAUCACAGAUCCAGUGUACGAGGAGGUCAACAACUGCCACGAGAGAGCGCUGGUCUUCAUGCACAAGAUGCCGAGGAUUUGGCUGGAUUACUGUCAGUUCAUCGUGUCUCAGUGCAAAAUCACAAGAAGUCGGCGCACGUUUGACCGAGCGCUCAGAGCUCUGCCCAUCACACAGCACCCACGCAUCUGGCCCCUGUACCUCAAGUUUGCUCGAAAGUUACCCCUGCCUGAGACAGCCAUCCGGGUUUAUCGACGCUAUCUCAAGCUUUCUCCAGAGAAUGCAGAGGAGUACAUCGAUUACCUGCACUCUGUAGGACGGCUGGACGAGGCGGCGGUGCGGCUGGCAGCCGUGGUCAACGACGAAGGGUUUGUCUCAAAAGAGGGGAAGUCAAACUACCAGCUCUGGCACGAGCUUUGUGACCUCAUCUCCAAGAACCCAGACAAGGUGACCUCUCUGAACGUCGGUGCCAUCAUCCGUGGUGGUCUCACGCGCUUUACAGAUCAGCUGGGCAGGCUCUGGUGCUCCAUGGCUGAUUACUACAUCCGCAGCGGCCAUUUCGAGAAGGCGCGUGACGUGUACGAAGAGGCGAUUCAGACUGUCGUCACCGUGCGAGACUUCACUCAGGUGUUCGACAGCUACGCCCAGUUUGAAGAGAGCAUGAUCGCCGCCAAGAUGGAGACCACGUCCGAGAUGGGACAAGACGACGACGACGACAUCGAUCUGGAGUUACGCUUGGCUCGGUUCGAGCAGCUGAUCACACGCCGGCCGCUUUUACUGAACAGCGUGCUGCUGAGGCAGAACCCACACAACGUCCAUGAGUGGCACAAGAGAGUCAAACUGUACGACGGAAUUCCUCGCCAGAUAAUAAACACCUACACCGAAGCCGUGCAGACCGUGGAUGCUGUGAAAGCCACGGGGAAGCCUCACUCACUCUGGGUCUCGUUCGCCCGCUUCUACGAGGAAAACGAACAGCUGGAUGAUGCCAGGACGAUCUUCGAGAAAGCCACCAAGGUGAACUACAAGCAGGUGGACGACCUGGCGGCCGUGUGGUGUGAAUACGGAGAGAUGGAGUUACGGCACGAGAACUACGACCAGGCUCUACGUAUACUCCGGAAAGCCACGGCGAUCCCGGCGAGAAAAGCCGAGUACUUCGAUUCGUCGGAACCGGUGCAGAAUCGAGUGUAUAAAUCCCUGAAGGUCUGGUCCAUGCUGGCAGAUUUGGAGGAGAGCCUCGGGACCUUCCAGUCAACUAAAUCCGUGUACGAUCGCAUCAUCGACCUCCGCAUCGCCACGCCUCAGAUUAUCAUCAACUACGCCAUGUUCCUCGAGGAACACACUUACUUUGAGGAAAGCUUUAAGGCGUACGAGCGCGGCAUCGCGCUGUUCAGGUGGCCGAACGUCUACGAUAUCUGGAACACGUACCUCACCAAGUUCAUCGAUCGCUACGGGGGCAAGAAGCUGGAGAGAGCACGAGACCUGUUUGAGCAGGCUCUGGAUGGGUGUCCACCCAAAUUCGCCAAAACCAUCUACCUGCUCUAUGCUAAGCUGGAGGAGGAGUAUGGACUGGCCCGCCACGCCAUGGCCGUGUACGAGAGAUCGACGCAGGCCGUGGAGACCGAAGAGCGCCACCUUAUGUUCAACAUCUAUAUCAAGAGAGCUGCCGAGAUUUACGGAGUCACUCACACCAGACCCAUCUAUCAGAAAGCCAUCGAGGUUCUCCCAGACGAGCACGCCAGGGACAUGUGUCUACGCUUCGCUGACAUGGAGAGCAAACUGGGUGAGAUCGAUCGUGCGAGAGCUAUUUAUUCCUUCUGCUCCCAGAUGUGCGAUCCCAGGAUGACUGCUCAUUUCUGGCAGACCUGGAAGGAGUUUGAGAUCCGGCACGGGAACGAGGACACGAUCCGCGAGAUGCUCCGGAUAAAGAGAAGCGUCCAAGCGACCUACAAUACACAGGUCAACUUCAUGUCCUCACAGAUGCUCAAAGCAACAACCAGCACUACGGUGUCAGACCUUGCCCCAGGACAGAGUGACAUUGAUGACAUGAAGAUGUUGGAGCAGAAAGCACAGCAGCUGGCUGCAGAGGCUGAACAAGACAAACCCAAACUUAAAGACAAGAUCCUCUUUGUCAGGAGUGACACCUCUCGCAGUGAACUGGCUGAACUCGCCAAACAGGCCAAUCCAGACGAGAUUGACAUUGACGAUGACGAAGAGGACGGAGAUGGAGAUGGAGAACCAGACGAAGUGCAGCUCGAGCAGAAAAGCGUCCCUACAGCUGUGUUCGGAGGACUGAAGGACGACUGAACGGACUAUCGCGACGUUUGUGAUAGAUGAUCUCAGCUUCUUGUGACAGCCAGAAAUUGGGUAUAUUUGCAAAAUGCAAAUGAGCUGAUUAGAAUCGGUCAAGCAUCUGUGCACUUCCUCCUGCUAACGUAAAUGUUGUCCGGUAUCAGGAUUUACUGUCUGGUGUGAUUAACAUAGUGCCACAUAUGAACACCAACACAAGGGGUCACACUUUGCCCUGAUUCACACAAUCCUAAAGAAACAGUCCUGAGUUUUAUAACAUGAUCUGUCACAUUUCUAUUGUGUGUGAAUUACUGCAGUUAGUUUUAUGUUUUUGUGUACUGAUUAAAAAAAAUCCAUCCACUGA